UUUCAUCCGCCAGCGAUCUCUUAACAUCUUACAGGUCAACGGAGUUGCGCUCAGACGUUUGGAAGUUCGCGAGUUGAUCGAUCAAUUUAAGCUUCGGAAGAUCAAAGUUUGAGCAGUCCCACAAGUGCCCGUUGCGUCAGGGAUCUGAACCUGCGUUCCCCACCAUGAAUAACAUGCGAGUGCUCGCAGAGGAAGAGGAAACCAGUGAUGGAGUCGAAGUUACUUGGGAGGAUCAACAGCAAAUCAACACAUUCGCGAAGUUGAAUGCGCGUUUGAAGGGCAUUGAAGACAAACUUGAGCAGCUCAAGCAAGAAAAGGAGGCACUUGACGAUCUCUCUACCGAGCUCGAACUAACGGACGAAAACCAAACGGUGCUGUACAAACUCGGCGAGUCUUUUCUGCACCUUCCUCAGCCAGAUGCGCUCUUCCGCCUUGAAAUCGACCAAGCUUCCGUUUCCUCGCAGCUAGCCAAGCUGGGUGCCGUUGCAGAGGAAUGUGAAAGAGGUAUGAAAGACCUCAAGGUACGGCUAUAUGCGAAAUUUGGGAAGGCGAUCAAUCUGGAUGAGUAGCGGCUCAUUACUGGACGGGAGCUAUUUUUUCUCUCUUAAAUCAAAUGAAGUGAGGUACUUGUCACCCAGAGUAGCACCGGGGAAAACCUCGUGUGUUGGCCCAGUGUAGUGUCCCAGUUUCAAAAGACAAAUAGAUGAUAGUUCUUUCUUCGCUAGUCCUCAUGGUCUUGCACAUGAACAGGGA